GAGAUCCCGUAGACCCCGAACACAGAGAGAUCUCUUUCUCCUUUCGAACGGAGUUUAAGAACGUGGUGAAGUAAUAUUAAGUGUCAUCCUUCUGUUUUUGUUAAAUAUUUCGAUUAACACGAGGAAGAAAAUAUAUAUUUGAUAUAUAUAUAUAUUAAGAUUUUUUAAUUAAUUAACGUCAAAGUAAUCACGUUGAUAUAUACACGUAAUAAAUAAUUAACGGGAAGGGAAACAAAGACAGCAAGACAAGGAAUCAUCAGGAACAUUUUUUUGAAUCAACAUGAGGACGUACUACGUGAUAGCCGCCAUUCUGAUCGCCGGCAUUACCAACGCUCAAGAAAAUUUCAAAUGUCCGGACGACUUUGGUUUUUAUCCCCAUCACAUAUCGUGCGACAAAUAUUGGAAGUGUGAGAACAAUUUGGCGGAAUUGAAAACGUGCGGUAAUGGUUUGGCGUUCGACGCGUCCGAUAGUAAAUUCCUUACCGAGAAUUGUGAUUAUCUUCACAACGUUGAUUGCGGCGAGAGAACACAAUUGGAACCGCCAAUUAGUACGCCGCAUUGUGCUCGUCUUUACGGUAUAUUCCCAGACGAAAAGAAAUGCGACGUAUUUUGGAAUUGUUGGAACGGCGAAGCAUCGAGAUAUCAAUGCAGUCCUGGACUUGCUUACGAUCGCGAAGCGAGAGUAUGUAUGUGGGCCGAUCAAGUCCCCGAAUGUAGAAACGAAGAGGUCGCAGGAGGUUUCACGUGUCCGGCCGCAGGCGAAGUGAGCGGUGCAUCCGGCAGCUUCAGUAGACACGCCCAUCCUGAGGACUGCAGAAAGUACUACAUAUGUCUCGAAGGUAUAGCUAGAGAAUAUGGCUGCCCAAUCGGAACUGUCUUCAAAAUCGGUGACGCCGACGGCAGCGGUGCUUGUGAGGAUCCUGAGGAUGUUCCAGGAUGCGAGGAUUACUAUGGUGACUUGGACCUAAAAAGCAUCAGGAAGAGCGAGUUGCUCGCUGGAAUUCAAAGUUCUGGCGAACCGAGGAAGCCAUCACAAGGCAAACCUAGACCCGCACCGAUACCCGCGAGGCCAUCCGCACCUCUCCAGGAAUAAUCUACUCUAUCAAUUAUUUCUUUAUCUUUUCUUUUUUUUUUCUUCUUCUUCUUCUUCUUUUUUCUUUUCGUUUAUCAUUUCCUCCUCCUUCUCCUUUUC